AUGAACCAGUCGGACCUGCUUGUAUACGACGUUAUUCCCAAAACCCCUUCGCCCCUCGUGUCGCCCCGUCUCAGAAGCUCGAGAUCCCUUGCUCAACUCGAGCCGGCGGACCGGAUACAACGCCCGGGAGGUGACGGAGGCAUAGCGACACAGAGGGGCGCCCUGCGCUUCAUCAACUCGGACCCGGGCAACUCGAGGCCCGGUCCAUCAAGAAACGGCCCCAGUGUUCCAGAACAAGCCUUUAGAACGAAGAACCUCACCAUCAAAAGCCACGUCGGAUUCGCAACCCCGCCUCGGCCGCAACAGCUCCCCAUCAUCUCUGCCACCUCGCGCGGGUGGCAGAUAUUCCGGCCAUCUGUCUGUGACUGA